AUGAGGAAAAUAACGAAUAAAUACUUUAUCGUUUUCACAAAAAUUUUUAUUUUUUCCCUUUUAAUAUGUGUAUGGAAAUAUUCUUAUGAGUUUAGCAACUUUCGUAAAUCGUGGGAUGAGCAAAUAGGCCGGAAGGACCCAUUAAAUUUCAGACUCAACAGAUUAUUAAAGGGAAGAAUACAAUCAAAGGGAUAUCAGGGUAAUUCUAAUUUAAGAUCGAAAAUAUUGGAUUUAUUAGAAGGAGAUGAUAAUACACUUGGGAAAAGAUUUAAUGCAUUAAUCCAUGAUGAUAAUUUUCGAAAAGAGCUUCAUGCCUUAUUAUUCAAAGAAGAUUUUCAAAGACAGUUUGAUCAGUUAAAGCAAAAUGAAAAAUUAGAGGUACUUUUUGAUUUAUUCAAAUUACAAGAUUCUAGUAGACUAUUUGAUUUAUUAAUAAGUACGAAUUUUGAAAAUCCAUUUGAAACCAAAACUUUCGAUGCGGAUACUGAAAAACAAAAUGAUCAGACAAGUACAGAUGAUGAUUUUGAAACAGGAAAUAAAGAAGGUGGUUCAAAUUUUCUUGAUAUAACAGAAGAAGGAGAUAAUUUUUUAAAUAAACGUAAACCAAAAAGUAUACGUGAUGUUUUAAGAAAAGUAAACUCACAAAUUGACGUAGAAAUGCCGCAUCUCAUGAACAAUGUACUGUGUGGUAAACCUUCUUUAAAACAAAAAAGGAAAUACAGAAAAUUAUUAAAAUUUAUGAAGAAAUUAAAAAAAUAUUCACCUUAUAUAUUAGCCUACUCUGUUCUUAUUGGGUCCUUAUUGCAGAUUAUUACCAUAUCUCUUUUGAAUAUGAAUACUUUGAUGUAUAUUAUAUUAUCUGUUAUUUUUUAUAACCUACUUAUUUUUGUGGGAAUAUACUACGUGCAUAAAUUUUUGAAAGUUAUUUAUAUGAAAAAGAAAGCAAAAAAUUUAAAAGCCAAUCAGAAAUAUAUAAAAUAUUGA